GUUGUCGACAAAUGUGCUGUUCCACAGACCUCUAAGUGCCUCAUUUGGCUAGUUCGAAAUGGAAUAUUCCAUCGAGGGCCCGAUAAGUUCCAGUUUGCUCCGAAACCGAAAAACAGAGGUGUGACUGUAUAAAGGACAACAGAAAGCACCUUUACAAAUCGGCGUCAAGUCGAAGUUUUAACAAAUGCAAUAUUUGCUCAUACAUUGAUUUUGCGGGUGCGGGAACAAAUCAGAGAGUUUAGAUGGCUUUAGCAUCGGCUCCAAGUAUACGUUCAAACAUUGGUCCUCCAUAAGCUCUCUCAUACUUCACAGCCUCCUUUUCAGUUUUCCUGAUAGUUUUAUAACUAUUCCUGAAAACUUUCCCGUUUGUUUGGCCAUCAUAAAAGAACCCUUCAGGAACUUAAAAAGGUCUUUUAACUAUUUCCUGUCAAGUCUAGUGGCCACUGAUCUGGUUGUGGGAACGAUUAUGGAUCCCAUGUCAGUUGCCUUUCACACCAGCAAAGGGCUUCAACUAAACAUCGUAGAUAUCAAAAUCUUGCACAUUUUAUACUUUAUUUUGUGCACGGCGUCUAUUUUAAUACUCAUGGCACUUACCGUGGAGAGAUAUGUGGCCGUAUCGUCGCCAGUGAAGUACAAAACAAUGGUUACCUCCAAGUGCGCUAUUUUA